CAUUUUGGUUAUUCGCUUGUCAUUCUGCCUGUACCCGAAAAAUAUUGUUGGUGUUUUGAAUUCUAUAAAAUAUUUAUUAUAGAAGUAAAUUAAAAGAAAUAAAAUGGCAUUCAUGGGAGAUAUGAUGUCCCCUGUACCUUUGUGGCAUAACGGCCCGUCACCGGGAUCUUUUUAUAACUUUCCGGCAAAUUCAUCACAUUUAGCUACACGUCCUUUACAAGAUUUCAGAGCUCAUUCAGCCAGCCCCAUCACAACCACCACAUCAGUGGUAGCGAUCAAGUUCGACAAGGGCUGCGUGAUUGCCGCAGACACGCUCGGCUCCUACGGCUCCCUGGCCAGGUUCCGAGACUGUCCCAGAGUGAUGAAAGUGAACGAUCUGAUCAUGCUGGGUUCCGGCGGUGAUUACGCUGACUUCCAGUACUUGAAGGAUAUUAUUGACCAGAAAAUUAUUGAUGAACAAUGCAUUGGCGACGGUCUACACUUGAAACCUCGUUCGCUCCACUGCUGGCUCACAAGAGUGCUGUACAACAAGAGAAGCAAGAUGGACCCCUUGUGGAAUAACUAUGUUGUUGCUGGUAUUCAGGAUGGAGAACCAUUCCUCGGUGCUGUAGACAAAUUGGGAACAGCAUAUGAAGAUGCGGCCAUCGCUACAGGUUUAGGAGCGUACAUGGCCACUCCUCUCAUUAGAGACGCUACGGAAAAGGGAGUUUUGGAUGAGGAGGCAGCUGUAGCACUGGUCCGCAAAUGUAUGGAGGUUCUAUUUUACCGAGAUGCUCGUUCGUUCCCUCGCUAUCAACUUGGAGUGGUGACCUCCGCUGGAGUGACUAUACAUGAGCCGGUGGAGCUCAAACAUGACUGGUCGCUCGCACACAUGAUUAAAAUGAAGUAGAUUGAUAAUAAAGUGCUUUUUUGAAA